AUGGAGAGAGAGAGCCAAAACAGUGAGUACGACGGUAGAGUUAUGACGGAGGAGCAAAUGGAGACUCUCCGGAAGCAGAUCGCCAUUUACACCAUUAUUUGUGAACAGCUCCUCCUCCUCCACAAUUCUCUCUCCUCUUGCCAUCCUCUCUCAUCAGGAUUGAAUCCAAUCGGUGGCGGAUACUUUGAUCCGACGGUGGCAUCAUCAAGCGGUCAUAGAGUAUCGACUCGAUAUAGAUGGACUCCGACUUCGAAGCAACUUCAGAUUCUCGAGCGCAUUUACGAUGAAUUAGGAAGCGGAACACCUAAUCCAAAGAGAGUUAUAGAGAUCGCGACAGAGCUGUCUGAACACGGACAAAUCACAGAGAAAAAUGUCUACAAUUGGUUUCAGAACCGGCGGGCUCGGUCCAAACGAAAGCACCCUCAAACGACGACGACGUUGACUGAUCAGGCCGAUGACGCGGCGGUGACGACUGAGCAUGAAGAGAGGAGGAGCUGUGGAGAAUCUGGAGGGUUUGAGUCUUAUGACCAUAUUCUUUUCCCGACUCCUGAUUUAGGGAUCGAGCAUUUGUUGAGUGAGGGGAAUUAUCGCCAGAGCUAA